UUGCCGUGGUGUCAUGGUGUGGUCAUCAAGGGGGAGGGCUAUUGGGCCUUCCACAGCAUGGGGAGUUUAGAAUGAAGUAUAAUGAAUGUUUAAGCAACAGUUGGGUUCUCGUGUCCAAUUCCAGCAGGCGUGACUUUGGUGGUUUUGUUGAGGCUGAGUCCCGGGCUGAGGGUGAGAAUGAAGAGCACCCCAUGUUUAGCCGCAUGUACGCCAUCACCGUUUCUAUGCCUUUGCCAUUGUGUGCAACAGCGCCAUGAAGGGCCGCUGUUGCGCCUGUCUUUUCACCAGUGGCCUCUUUGCCAGUGGCCUGUUCUCAACCCGAAGCUUUGCCAUGGCAGAAGCUGGACGCCGACUGACUCGGGGUCAUGAUCCGCAUGGGCAUGGACCUUUCGACUGUCACGGACAUGGAGCACAAGUCACUGGCACUUCAUGUCAUGAAGAAUGCGAAGCCCGGCAUUUGGAUCCGAUCGAGCUGACGCGCUUCGAUGCUGGCUCUGGCUUCCAAUACCCCGAGAAGCCACUGGUGGUGAUUACAGCCAGCCGCGAUAUGAGUCGCACAGCCUCCACAUGGGCCUUCAAUGCCGUGAGGUUGCUCUUUCGACAAGCCCAGGAGGCAUGCGAUUCAUAUUGGAUAAGGCGGCUGAGCCGGGAGAAGUUGCAGAAGCGCCUGGAGACCGGCGCCCACGUGGUGGUGAAGACCCAUGAGUGGACGGGGCUUAUCUCGCCCAAGACGUUCGAAGAGGUCAAGGAGGUCUUCAGUCAUGUGGUGGUCAGCGUCAGGGAAAAUUUUGACGCUGAUCCUGCUUGGAUGAGUGUGGCAACUCAUUUGAUACACUUUGAAGAACUGGUUGCUUAUGACAAGGCCAACCCAGGAGAUGUCAGCAAGAUUGGUGCACUCUCAGUGCUGCGAAAGCUGGCUGAUCAUCUGAAUUUGACCUCCUUGACUGACCACGACUUGCGAGUGGUUGACUAUGAACUCAUGGCCUUGCCCAUCCCCACCUGGGGCUGUGACCAGGUGACGAAACAUUGGCCAUUCCACAGGCGCAAGGGUGGACGGCCAAUGCCACCGGACCCACGCGUGGAGUGAGGCCUGAUGCACCGAAAGUGGCACUACCUUCUCCGCCACGGAGUUGGGUUCAUGAGCUGACAGGGAUGUAUAGGUUGUUCCCUUUGUUUGCAUGCAAACUGUUUGUGGGCCGAAGCAUGUCGAACUUAAACCCUUGGAACUAUGAUGACUAUGGGCAUAUCUUCUUAGAUGAUCUUAGAUUAAGAAUUUUCUUGAUAUAUUUGUCCUUUACUCACAUGGAAGGUUCACCCAACACAAGCCUGCGUUUGUGACGAAAACCGCCCAGCACAGCCUUGGUGCUUGGUCAAUGAUUCUUCUCAUUGCAAUAGUCAAUGAGGUUAGCUUGCUUAUCAGACAGAGGUCAUCCAGUGGCUAUCAAUCAAAGGUCCCAACAGAAUCGGCCUCCUGACUGAGUGAUGACCAA